GAUUCCCAUAAAGCACAUGGUCUAAUCUGUUACCUAAGAGCAAAACAGCGUCACCUCACCUGUUCUCGCCCUCAAAUGGGAACGCUGGCCUGGGACUAAAGCAUAGACCGCCAGGCUGAGUACCCUGACCUGAGUCAUCCCCAGAGAUCAGCAGCCUCCAACAGGGAACCUUCCAUUAUACUCUUCAAGCAACUUAACAGCUGCACCAACCGUUGCAAUGAAAGUUCUAAUCUCUUCCUUCCUCCUGUUGCUGCCAUUGAUGCUGAUGUCCAUGGUCUCUAGCAGCCUGAAUCCAGGGGUCGCCAGAGGCCAUAGGGACCAAGGCCAGGCUUCUAGGAAGUGGCUCCAGGAAGGCGGCCAAGAAUGUGAGUGCAAAGAUUGGUUCCUGAGAGCCCCGAGAAGAAAAGUCAUGACAGUUUCUGGGCUGCCAAAGAAGCAGUGUCCCUGUGAUCAUUUCAAGGGCAAUGUGAAGAAAACAAGACACCAAAGGCACCACAGAAAGCCAAACAAGCAUUCCAGAGCCUGCCAGCAAUUUCUCAAACAAUGUCAGCUAAGAAGCUUUGUUCUGCCUUUGUAGGAGCUCUAAGCUCCCACUCUUCCUAUUAAACAUUCUCAGUCAAGAAGACAGUGAGCAUACCUACCAGACACUCUUCUUCUCCCACCUCACUCUUCCACUGUACCCAUCCUAAAUCAUUCCAGUGCUCUCAAAAAGCACGUUUCUCAAGAUCAUUUUGGUUGUUGCUCUCUCUAGUACCUUCUUCUCUCGUCAGUCUUAUCCUGUGCCCUCCCCUUACCCAGGCUUAGGCUUAAUUAUCUGAAAGAUUCCAGGAAACUGUAGCUUCCUAGCUGGUGUCAUUUAACCUAAAUACAAUCAGGAAAGUAGCAAACACGAGUCAAUAAAUAUUUUUAAAUGUAACAGAUCAAAAUUGUUUCUUUCAAAUGGGGUCUGCCAAUUCACAUCCAGAUGACCCAUUUUACUCUAUUCACUGCAGACUGAAUGCAGAUUCUACACAUACCUCUCCCCACCAAGACCCUCACUCUGUCGCCAUUGGCCUACUUGUUCAUCUUUCACUCAUUCAAUAAAUCUUUCUGAGGUAAGAGCUAGGUGGGACCAAAAAAAAAAAAAA